UAACCGUGGAUCCAUCCAGCACAAACUGUGUCCAAAAGUAUGUGAUUUGGAUCCAGAAAGCUGUGAAUUGUUGAAGAGAGAGAAACAGACUGUCUAGACAAACAAGGUUUUUCUCUUCCAUGCUUCAUCAGCAGUUCCUUGAUGUUUGGAAAGUUCUGAGACCCACCCUGUCAGACCACUUGUAACCAGUGCCUAAGACUACAAGAACGUAUGUGUGGAAGAACCUUUCCUUGAAGGAAGUGUCCCUUGCUAUACUGUGGAAACUCCGUGCAAGCCUUGCCAGGCAGGAGAGUAAUUUGUGCUUCUGUUGGCGCUUGUUUGUAAUCUCUGCUUCUUAUGCACUCCAGCACCCCUAUCAGUUCCUUGUUCUCCUUCACCAGCCCUGCAGUGAAGAGGCUGCUGGGCUGGAAACAAGGAGAUGAAGAAGAAAAGUGGGCAGAAAAAGCUGUCGAUUCCUUGGUGAAGAAGUUAAAGAAGAAAAAGGGUGCCAUGGAAGAACUGGAAAGGGCUCUGAGCUGCCCGGGUCAGCCCAGUAAAUGUGUCACGAUCCCACGUUCCUUGGAUGGGCGGCUGCAGGUGUCUCACCGCAAGGGGCUUCCCCAUGUCAUAUAUUGCAGAGUGUGGCGCUGGCCUGAUUUACAAUCUCACCAUGAGUUGAAACCACUGGAAUGUUGUGAAUUCCCGUUUGGCUCAAAACAAAAAGAAGUGUGCAUUAACCCCUACCAUUACCGGCGGGUGGAAACCCCAGUCCUGCCUCCUGUACUCGUUCCAAGACACAGUGAGUUUAACCCUCACCUCAGCCUCCUUGCCAAGUUUCGAAACACUUCUCUGCACAGUGAGCCACUGAUGCCGCACAAUGCCACCUAUCCUGAUUCUUUCCAGCAUCCUCCAUGCACCCCUUUUCCGUCAUCACCCAGCCACAUGUUUUCCCAGUCACCUAACAGCAUCAGCUAUCCCAACUCACCAGAAAGCUCUUCUGGACCAGGAAGUCCCUAUCAGCUCACAGUGGAAACUCCACCUCCGCCCUACCACACAAGAGAACCUGCAGGAAUGCACAAUGGACGGUCAAUGGAUGCAAUAGCUGAAAGUCAACUAGUGCUGUCUUUGCCCAAUGGAGGUAAAUCUGCCGAUGGAGAACCUGAAAACUUUCGGCCUGUUUGUUAUGAGGAACCCCAACACUGGUGCUCAGUUGCCUACUAUGAACUCAACAACCGCGUAGGGGAGACUUUCCAGGCUUCCUCUCGAAGCAUCCUUAUAGAUGGAUUUACAGAUCCCUCAAAUAACAAAAACAGGUUCUGCCUGGGUCUGCUGUCAAAUGUAAACCGCAACUCUACUAUAGAAAACACCAGGAGACACAUAGGAAAAGGUGUUCAUCUUUACUACGUUGGCGGGGAAGUUUAUGCUGAAUGUGUCAGUGACAGCAGUAUUUUUGUGCAAAGCCGCAACUGUAACUACCAGCAUGGUUUCCACCCAGCCACUGUCUGCAAGAUCCCCAGUGGCUGCAGCCUCAAGAUCUUCAACAACCAGCUCUUCGCCCAGCUGCUUGCCCAGUCAGUCAAUCAUGGUUUUGAAGUGGUGUAUGAGCUGACCAAGAUGUGUACUAUUCGAAUGAGCUUUGUUAAAGGCUGGGGAGCAGAGUAUCAUCGCCAAGAUGUUACAAGCACACCCUGCUGGAUUGAGAUCCACCUGCAUGGACCGUUGCAAUGGCUGGAUAAGGUGCUGACACAGAUGGGCUCACCUCACAACCCCAUCUCCUCAGUCUCUUAAGAAUCAUGUCUAGAAUUUCUUGAGGAUGGAUGCUAUUGCAGGCAGUGGCUUAUAGAAUUCCCAGUGAACAGAAGCUUCUAUAUGUAGAUGUAUGUAGAUGUAAAUAUAUCUAUACAUAGUCUACUCCCUUUUUUUUUUCAUGCUGCAUUUUGUGGUUUCUAGUUACUCUGAUGCCAGUACAACAAGUUUAGAAAUUCAGGUAUAGCAUAUCUGUUCUCUAGUGCAAAAUAAGCCAAAUUCCUGCAAAAGUGUCAAACAUUUCCUGUGAACAUCUUCAUUCCCCAGCCAAGCCAGUAAAUGGUGCGAAUUCUCAGCACUUCCAUGUGGGUUCGGAAACCUGGCUGUAGCUGUUCCUAGUAGGUGAAAUUCACCCCUCUGCAGGCAACCAAAGUCAGAUCUCUAUGCCAUUUAUAUCCAUUUUACAUCCUAAUUUCAGGUCUAAAAGAGGACCUUAGAUGGUGCACAGGACUUAUGCAUAGAGAUGACUUUUAUCUAGUGAACUGAAGGACUAAAUUGCAAUUCCAGUCUGACUCCCUACUGCAAAGCAUGAUGGGACAACAAAUCCUCUGAGGAGCUGAGGCACCCGCAUCUCCCCUAGGAUUUGGCAGGAGGAGAGAGCCCUCAGGACACACUCAGCACUGGAGCCUUAUCAGAGCAUUCUGGACACCUCCAAGUAAUCUGUUACUGUUGACACAGUAGGGUAUGGUACUGCUGCACUGAAAAGCAACAAGCUCCUAAGAAAAAAAUAAUUGAAAUAUAUGCCUAUGAGUUAAAAAACUAAUUAACUUCCAGUGCUUUUUUGCAAAGUACAUACAUACUUGCAUAUGUAUCCGGCAUGUAAACUGAAUCCUAUCCAUGAUACAGUAUUGAUGUAGUUUGUUUUAAAGUUAGGACUGUCUGUAGGUAGAAUACUGUGCUGCCCCCCUCAAAGGGGCUUGAACUGUGAUUCAGAAAAGGGAAAUGAAGUGUGCAUUGAAGAAGCAAAUAAUUACUUUAUCAUUCUUCUUGGGAUAGUCUCCAUACUGGGAGCAGGAAGCCCCAUGCCCACAGGAUGCAAAGAGAAGGAGGUGAGAGUCAGCCACAUCCAUCCCCUAUACUGGGCCAGUCCUUGGGAUCUGACUGCAUCACUCGGGUCUAACAGAGAGAGGGCUUCCCUGCCAGUCACUCACAAAUGGUUUCUCGUCUUAGAUACAGGUUCCAUCAUUUGCUGUGCUUUUGCCUUGCCUGCAGGUGAUGGUGAGGCAAUGUAAGCUGUGAACAAGCAAAGAGUGAAUCGAUGUGCAGAACCUUGUCUGUGUUCCUUCUGUAAGGGUAUUGCCCAUACCCUCAUCCACAGAGCCAGCCUUACAAAAUGCUGUUCACUUUGUAACCUUUUCUGAGGAGACAGGUAAAACUCUUAAUACAUUUUGAUUGUCUCCAUCAUUUUGCUGAAAGAAUCGAGUAUUAUUUCAAGGCAUAACAGUUUACUGAAAAUUGUUUUGCUUUAAGGAUCAGAAAGAGUGAUAACUUCUCCAAUCUCAUUCCUCCACGGAAUACACUAGAAGUGUAUUUUUUCAUGAGAAAAAAAAUGUUUUACAGAAUGUUUCUUUUCUUCUCACACAAUAUCUGGUGCUACACAUUUUGUUGCAUAAUUUGAAGAGGAUGCCUGAAAUCUUCAGCUAUAUCACAUAUGCAAAGGAAAUAACAUUCACUGGAAAGACAGUAAGUGAACUAACAGUGUUAUUUCAUUUCAGUGCAUCUUCAGCUGCCUGCAGAAUUUGCAGGACACAGAAGGAUAAAUUAUUGUUAGGUUUGAGCAGUAAUAGCAAGUUGUAUAUGAAAUUUGUACAUGCGAAGAACCCUGUUCUGUCACCAUUUGACGUCAGAGGUGUCACUGUGAGAUAGGAAAGUCUCUUGCAGCAAUGAAAUACAAUGAUAAUAUUACACAGAAAUUCCAGGUGUGCCAUUUACUGUUUAGCAGACUUGAGAGACAUCAGUUUGGAAAAAUGCAUUUUCCUCAGCUCCCUCUGUCAUCAGUGACCCUGUACCAAGGUACUGGUAACAUGUUUUUUAGCAUGUUUAUUGCACCUCCAGUAGCACCUUUGCUCUGGGAUGAGCACCUUUUCAUGUAGUUCAUUUCUUUGCUUUCUUAGCAGCUAAGGACAGAGAAAAUCACCUCUCCUGUCUAGGAUCUAGCUCUGUCUUUUAUCCUAGGUUCUUCCUUGCCUUUUAGGCUGAAACCUCCUUCCCUUCUAAUAUAAGCUUUUAUAGAGAGAAGACAUUCCCAGCAUUGUCAUCUUCCUCACAGAGAGCAAAAAGGAGAUGUUGUGAGGUGUAUCUGCUCUUGCGCAGCUCCAGAACCUAAUUUCUGCCAAUGCUGAAAAAUUGGCCAGUGAAGAGAAGCAGGUCCUUUUGGGACAUCAUUCAUUUCAUCAUAAGACAGGCAUUUCAAGUAGGUGAAACUGUACUUUGGGCAUGCUUAUGUUUUCCCACUGAGUAUAAGGGGAACUUGUGUCACUAGCGCAAAUGUGGACUGCUACACUGGGCAUUCCAAAAGUAGAUGAGGUGGACCCUAAGGAAGAUGUGGUAGCUUUCCCAGGCUAAUAACAAUGCUUGCUCAGUUAAGUGUCUGUGUUGUUUGAAUAAAAGUUGGUAAAAUCAGAGCAGUUCUUUCUUUCCUGUAUGUCUACUUUUAUAGUAAUCCUUAUAUGAAUGGAAUUUGGCUUCCAUGCAGUCCAUACAUGCAUCUCAUUUAAGGCAGUCACCUUAAUACUAUCUUACUAAUAAGUAAAGAGGAAUCUCUGAAGCAUGAUUCUUCUGACCUAUGUAAAACAUCUGUAUUAGAAUGAAAUGAAUUUCAGCAAAUAUAACUAUUUGUCAAAAAUUGGAUCAAAGCACCUGAUUCUGGGCAAUUGAAGCCAAUGGCCAUCACAGAGUUGUUAGCCUUUUAGGAAGGCUGGUAUCACUGUGUCAACUAUUUCUUCCUGUUUUGGUGGCCUCUGGGGACUUAUCCCACCAUGUGGGAUGCUAUGCAAACACAGAAAAGCUGACAGCUCCUUCCCAAGUGAAGGGGAGAACUCACAGAGAAGUGAUAAUAGUGAAUGAGGAAAACAAGUAUAUAGGAAGAUAAUCCCUGCCCAGAUGCAGAGAUAAAAAGUAAGGUUAUUAAACCAUUUAUUUCCCUUUCUUUUUGAACAAAGUUUCUUUUACAGGCUUCUCUAAUAUAUGUGAAUUGAACUUGGUUAAAAAUUCAGGUUUCUCUUAAUUUACAGCAGUGUAACUUUGUAUCUCUAAUGUCUCCCCAUUUUGGAAGGAGAUAUUUGCUGCUGAAAGGUCUUCAUAAACCUGUCCACCUGUAGUCAAUUUAAGGCCUUUAAAUGUACUCACUAAGCUUUGGAGGUAGUCUUCCUGAGAGAUUUAAACCCACUUACAGGGAGACUACAAUCAGUUGACCAGGGGGUGGAGCCAAGGUAGUUUCCUGGAGAUUUAAACUGCUCCAGGGAGUGCAAGUGACCUGGAGUGGGCAAACAGGGAUGUGGCAUGUCAGUGAGGUCGUGGCAUGGCAGUUCGCACAGGCAGGGGAAGCAGGAAGGGCACAGCCACCCUCCCAGCUCUCUCUGGUGGGUUGUGAUGUAGGUGGGUGGCUGUGGUUUCUUUGUUUUUUCCUGCAAGUCAACUAGACCCAGCAAUGGUUUACAAACGAGCAAAAGCUGCUGGUGCUGCUAUCAGGGGUAGUGUGCUAACCCAGACAGAACCCCUAGAAGGAUGUGGCUGUUCAGGCCUCUGGCUGCAUAGAGUGUCUGAGCCUGGCAUUAGUACCAGAGGACAGUGUGAGAGACGCCUGUGUACGAUGUGAGCAGGUGAAUGAUUUGCUGUGCUUAGUGGCAGAGCUCAAGGAAGAAGUAGAGAGGCUAAGAAGUAUUGGGGAGAGUGAAAGGGAAAUAGGCUGGUGGAGUCAUACCCUUUCCACCCCAAACGAAGUCCAGCAGGAGACA